AUGCGAACACGCAUCCCUGCAAAAAAAGAGUCGGCCGUUCUGCUCCCGCCACACGCGCGCACGCACACACACAUGCCGCUCCUCCACCCCUCGCUUCCGCCGCACCGCCUCCUCGUCGUCCGGCAGUGCAGGCUCAUCGCCCCGCCGGUGCAUCCUCCCUCCCGCCUCUCCGUAAGGGCGGCGGCGGCGGCACCGGUCGCGCAUGAGGUGUGCGCGCUACCCUUCCCGCCGGACCGCGCCUCCCACCACCGCGAGCUCGCCGCGGCCGUCGCCUCCGUCGAGCGCGCCUGCCGCCUCUGCGUGGAUGUGAGGGCAUCAAUGCUUGUAGGUGACGAGAAGAUUCUUGAAAAGAACGAUCAAACUCAUGUGACAAUUGCAGAUUUUGGAGUUCAGGCCCUUAUCAGCUUUGAGCUACAACAACUGUUCCCAUCGAUACCUCUGGUGGCAGAAGAGGACUCAGCAUUUAUACGGUCCUCUAAUACUGCUGAUAGUAAGAGUAAUACACUUGUUGAGUCCAUUUCAAGUUUUUUCACAAAACAUGUGAAUAACAACGGUCCUCCUUUAACUCAUGAUGAUGUGCUGAGAGCUAUUGACAGAGGAGGCAAGGAUGCUGUCUCCUUUGAUUCAAAUCCUGCUACUUAUUGGCUACUUGACCCGAUUGAUGGUACCAAGGGUUUCUUGAAAGGGGAGGAUUCUUUGUAUGUGGUGGGUUUGGCUCUUGUGGUGGAUGGAAAGUUAGCAGUAGGAGUGAUGGGAUGCCCAAAUUUGACCGAGACUACCGUAGGCGACACGGAAGAUGAAAGUAUUGCGGCUUGUCCUGGCCAUGGCAUCCUUAUGGUGUCUCAUGUAGGCUGUGGUACUUGGUCUAGGCCCAUGUCUGCUGAGAUUGGCCAAUUGACAACGGCACCGGAUGUUUGGAAGAGAUGCUCUGUUGAUCCCUGUUCAGUUGCACAGAUGGCACGCUUCUGCAUUGUUGAUAGCCAUACUUGGGAUAUGAUGCCAUUAUCUGCCCACUUCAGCUCGACAAUGGAUGAAUCUGAGCCGAGAGAUGAGAACAAGAUUCUUCUCCAAAAUUCUUGCGGUGGAAGCUUGUCCAAGUAUCUCUUGGUAGCUUGUGGGAGAAUGUCAGUUUUUAUCCUCCUAGCACGGGCGGAAAAACUACUCAAGGCUUGGGAUCAUGCUGUUGGGGUAAUUUGUGUUGAGGAAGCUGGAGGUCAGACAUGUGAUUGGAGCGGGAAACCAUUGGAUUUUGGAGCUGACCUAACCGGGCAUAGAAUCAUCUAUCCUUCGGGUGGUGUUCUGGCGACAAACGGUGCUCUUCAUGACAAGCUUGUGGAAAUGGUCUCAGCAAAUUACAAAAAUAGCAACGUUGAAUAG